AUGCUUGUGAUCGUGGAAAAGUAUCCAAGAGGAAUAUCCGGGACGUCGAAGAGACAGAGGCUUGGGAUCAGAAGACUGACACUUGGGACCUCGAAGUUCAAGGAGGACUCGGCCGAUCAGGCUCGACGAAACCUGCUCGACGGAAGACUGGGCAAUGAAUUGCGACACGGGCAAAUAAAAACGAAGUUGGAUGCCGUCUAUGGGAACCCUUCACCAUCUAUGACAAUCGUCAGAUAUUGGUUCAACGAAUUCAAACGUGGUCGUUCGUAUGUUUUUAAUGAGGAGCGCCCAGGCCGCCUGGCAGACGUGGUUACUGAGGAAAUCGUUGAAAAAGUUCACGACAUGAUUCUCGCUGAUCGCCGAACGAAAGUGCGUGAAGUAGCAGAGGCCAUAGGCGUGUCGUAUGGAACGGCAUUCAAUAUUUUGCAUGAUAAUUUAGGAAUGAAAAAGCUGUCGGCCCGAUGGAUGCCGCGAUUGCUCACGGUGGACAACAAGCGAAUGCGGCUAUCAAUUUCAAAGCAAUGUUUGGAGUUGUUCAAGCGCAAUCCGAAGGAGUUUUUGCGUCGAGUAGUAACCGUUGAUGAAACAUGGAUUCAUUACUACGCACCGGAGACCAAGGUACAGUCAAAACAGUGGAUUUCACCCGGCGAACGUGUUCCGAAGAAGGCCAAGAUGGUCCUAUCGGCCGGAAAAGUGAUGGUUUUUUGGAAUGCGCAAGGCGUAAUCUUCAUCGACUAUGAGGGAAAGCAAAACUAUCAUGGGACAGACAAUGCACCGGCUCACUCCUCCGUAGUCGCCACAGCCAAAUUGGUCGAAUUGCGGUACGAAUUGCUGUCGCAUCCACCGUAUUCUCCGGAUUUGGCCCUCUGCGAUUUCUUCUUGUUUCCAAACUUGAAAAAAUGGCUCGGUGGAAAAAGAUUCACGUCGAAUGAGGAGGUCAUUGCCGAAACAGAGGUCUAUUUUUGCAGAGUUCGACAAAUCGUAUUUUUCGGAGGGGUUAAAAAAAUGGCAGAAACGUUGGGAAAAGUGUAUCCUCCUAAAAAGGGAUUACGUUGA